GGAAGUGAUUGCAGUUACGUGUUCAUGGUGCAAACGUUCAUACCACAAUAAAGUAGAAUGUCUCUCCCAAAUUUUUGGGAAGCUAUGUGAUGGUGGUGUUUUGAGAGAUAUUAUCAUUCCUCCAGCUUGGAUUUGUCGAUCUAUCUGCAAGACAAAAAUUGAUAAAAGAAAAAGUAUUACAUCUGAUAAAAAUCAGCUAUUUACGGUUAAACCUAUGACUAUUGAUGGUAGCAAAUGGCUUCCACAUCAACCAUUACUUGUGUUUGUCAAUCCCAAAUCAGGUGGUAAUAAAGGUUCAAAGCUAUUGCAUACUUUUUGUUGGUUAUUAAAUCCACGUCAAGUAUUUGAUAUUACAACACUUGAAGGACCAGCAUUUGGGCUAAAUAUGUUCAGACAGCUGGCAUCUAAUUUACGCGUGCUCGUUUGUGGUGGCGAUGGUACAGUUGGCUGGGUUUUAAGUACUCUUGACAAAGUUUGAAU